UGAUAAUCAGUGAUUUGUUUUCUUGUCCCACUUUACCUAUUUAGGCUUGGGCUGGUUGAGUUGGGUUGGUGUUCACCGACAUUUUCUAGGUGAGUAGGUGGAGGUGAAGGUGGAGGUGGAUGUUGGGAGUAGGUUCUUACUUCAGUGGUUUUGAGUUUGGGUUUAGGGUUUGUUUUUUUUGUGUGAGUUGGGUAGUGGAUGGGAUUUCGGGGUGAGAGUAUGAUGAUAUGAUAUUUUCCAGAUAGAUUAGAUGUUAUAAAUCAUGUGAUGGAUAUUCAUGGUGUGUGUAGGUGAGCACACAUUGGAAGAACUUAUAUAAGCCAGUGGGGUUCUGGUUGGAUUGAGGUAUAGAUCAGAUCACCUUGGUAUUUUAGGGUUUGUGCUUGGAAUUUGGGGGGAGUAAUGUUCAAGGAGUGGGAAGUGUUAUUUUGGAUGGUGAGGGAUCAUUCAUCAAAGACUAAAAGUGAAGGUGGGUUGGGUCAGAGGUGGAUCGUAAUGAUAGUGAUGGUGGUGCUAUGGAGUACAACGAAAUACAUGAGAUUGUAUCACUUAUACUCAUUCAGUCAAGUUCUGCUUGAAGGUAGUCAGGCUGUUUUAUCAGAUGGUGUGCAUCUACAUAUGAUGCUAUGAGCAUUGUGCACUCAAGGAAGCAGAUCCGUUGGAAGAGUUGUGGGACGGCAGGAUUGAGGUAUUAUGGUUGAAUUCUCUUGGCUGG